AUGAAGCCAUCCAACUAAAAAAAAAAUAAAAUAAAAAAUUAAGACGCCUCCCUCCCUCCCUCUCUCUCUCCCCUCUCUCUCUCUCUCUCUCUCUCUCUCUAUUUAUGCAGGGAGUUCCUUAAUGGCGUCCGCAGGCCCUAGCAGGCGCCAUACGCCGCCUUUCCUGCGUCCUAACUCCGUAGGAAGAACGCGAAAGCGCUCAGCUUCUAUCGUCUCUUCUCCGCUCUGAACCUGGAAAUACAAUUGAAGUUUGUUGAUUUGUUGUAUUAUGACGGUACGGGCUCCGAAACAGGUUGAUUGCUAGGGUUUUGGAAUUUCUUGUGGAAAUGGUUGAAAUUUAAACAAGGCUAAUUGAGCAUGGAGUUUUUGGAGAAUUGAAGAAUUGGACUUAAGGAUUGUGUUUGAGUUAAUUGGGGAGGUUGAGCUUGCUCUUAUUAGGAAUGGCAGAAGAUGGCCUACGGAUUGGUGGGGUCUCUUCUGGUUUAGCAGUGAUAUUGAGUGGUAAGGAUGGCAGAGAGAAUUCACAGAAGGGUCGGCUGAUUUCCUAUUGUGAUGAUAUUGGCCACCAGUCCGUGGAGCGAACCCUUGAACACAUAUUUGAUCUUCCGCAUAAGUCGCUUAGCCCAUUGACAAGUCCCGUUAACACAAGUAUCGUUCAUUCAAUCAUAAAGAACGACUUCUUGAGGCUUCACGCAAAUUUGGAGCCAGCCAUUAGAAGUGCAGAUGGAUUGUAUAUUAUUGAUAAUGGAUGUGGGCCUCACGCUGUCACUAUUGAAGAAUCAAGCAUUUGUGGUGAUAUUCGAGUUGUCAAACCUCCUUUGCUGAUAGAGAGCUUGGCUAUGUUUAGUAGUGCCAGGGCUAAUGCUUUUGUGUGGAAAGGAAAAUGGAUGUAUGAAGUGAUUCUUGAAACUUCGGGUAUACAGCAGCUUGGAUGGGCAACUCUUUCUUGCCCUUUUACUGACCAUAAGGGUGUGGGGGAUGCUGAAGAUUCUUAUGCAUUUGAUGGCCGAAGGGUCAGCAAAUGGAAUCAGGAACCUCAGGCAUAUGGUCAAUCCUGGGUUGUUGGUGAUGUCAUUGGAUGCUGCAUAGAUUUGGACUGUGGUGAGAUCACAUUCUGUAGAAAUGGUGUCUCACUUGGGGUGGCAUAUACUGGGAUUCGGAAAAUGGGGCGUGGAAGUGGGUACUACCCUGCGAUUUCUCUCUCUCAAGGUGAACGAUGUGAGUUAAAUUUUGGGGGUCGCCCAUUUAGAUACCCGAUCAAUGGCUUCCUUCCCCUGCAGGCUCCUCCUCCUUUGAAUCAUCUUGCUACACUUUUGCUAAAGUCCUUAUCAAGACUGCUGGAAAUGCAAUGCAGGGAGCAGACCGAGUUAAAGUCUCUUGAAAAAUUGAGAAGAUUGAAGAGGUUUGUGCCUCUUGAAGAACUUUUUUAUCCUGUCUCUUAUGGGAUAUGUAAGGAAUUUUAUUCUGUACUUGAUGCAGAAAGGAGUGCAGAAUAUAUAUGCUGGGGUCCACUUUUGUCAUUCUUAAUGGGAGUGUUUGGGGUGCAGGUACCACAUGACUAUGCAACUUUGGAUAGAGUUGUUGAUCUCUUUCUAGAAUUUCAAGGAUCACAUUUGAUGUUUGAGCAUGUCCUAAAUGCCCUUUCAUCUGGUUGCAAAACAGCACUAUUGGUUCUAACAGAGUGCCCAUAUUCAGGACCGUAUUCUUAUCUUACAUUAGCUUGUCAUAUUCUCAGACGGGAAGAGCUGAUGGUACUUUGGUGGAAGUCAUCAGAUUUUGAAUUCUUGUUUGAAGGAUUCCUGGCACGGAAGUUUCCAAACAAGCAGGAUCUUCAGUCAGUUAUGCCUUCUGUUUGGUGGCCUGAUUCAUGUGAUGCUGUUUCCAAUGAACGCAGCAUGAUAUUAACAACUACUGCUUUAUCUGAAGCAAUUGCCAAGAUUGAGGAGAAGCAUAGGGAUCUCUGUGGCUUGGUAAUACGGUUCAUACCACCCACAUCACCUCCUCAAUUGCCAGGUUCAGUGUUUAGGACAUUUCUACAGAACCUUUUACUGAAGAACAGAGCAACAGAUCGUAAUGUGCCUUCACAGGGAGUCUCAAGCAAUUAUGUUCUUGUUUCCUUAUACACAGUUAUACUCCAUUUUUUGUCUGAAGGGUUUGUCAUGGAGAACAUCUGUGGCUGGAUGAAAGGCUCUGAAUCCAAUGGUGGACUUGAUGCUGGUUUUCUUCAUAGGGGUGGCCAACAAUGUUUCCCACUAGAUUUGUUUCUUAAAAAUGAUCCUCAUCGAACAGAUCUUUCUAGGCUUGGAGGAUCCUUCACUCAUUUGUUGAAAUUUCAUCCUGUAAAUGAUGAGGUAAUUGAAGUAGUUCGAUGGGAGGAAGGAUGUAUGGAUGAUGAAGAAAUUAGAGUAACACAUUCUACUAGGCUGAAGCCAUGUUGCUGUUCAAGUAAUGAUGUUGAUUUUACAAGAACAUCAAAGGAUCCAAUUCAAUAUGUGACCAAAGGUUCUCAGGGUCAUUGCAGCCCUAUGCCAGAGAGAUCUGCUCAUGUUGCUGCAGAAUGCAGUGCAGGAAGUUUGAAUGAUGAGAUGACAGAUAAACCCAGUUCAAGUGAGCAAACUGAAUCCGAAUUUAAUUACCGAUCUGUGCAGUGUAUGAAGAUUAUACCCAGGGAAAGUAAUUUGUCAUCCGCGGCACUAAGAGAAGAGGAACUUCUGGAUGCUAUGCUACUGCUGUAUCAUGUUGGCGUUGCUCCGCAUUUUAAGCAGGCAUCAUACUACAUGUCUCACCAGUCACAAUCAAUUUCUCUCUUGGAGGAAACUGAUAAGCAAAUAAGAGAACGAGCUUGUGGAGAGCAAUUAAAACGUUUGAAGGAAGCUCGCAUUGUUUAUCGGGAAGAGGUUAUUGAUUAUGUCAGACACUCUGCAUGGUAUCGCAUCUCUUUGAUUUCUCGAUGGAAGCAACGGGGAAUGUAUGCGGCAUGCAUUCGGAUUGUCCAAUUACUUCUGGUUCUUAGUAAAAUCAAUUCGGUUUUCAUAUAUAUCCCUGAAUUUUAUGUGGAAGCUCUGGUUGACUGCUUCCAUGUGUUGCGGAAGAGUGAUCCUCCUUUUGCCCCGUCUGCAAUAUUGAUUAAGCAAGGACUUAAUUCUUUUGUGACUUUUGUUGUUACACACUUCAAUGAUCCGAGGAUAUCAAGUGCAGAUCUUAAGGAUCUUCUUCUCCAUUCUAUCUCUGUCUUAGUACAGUACAAGGAAUUUUUGGCUGCUUUUGAGGUCAAUAAAGCAGCUACUCAUAGGAUGCCAACAGCACUACUGUCAGCAUUUGAUAACAGAUCCUGGAUUCUUGUAAGUAACAUACUGUUGCGGUUAUGUAAGGGCUCUGGGUUCGGUUCUUCAAAGCAUGGGGAAUCAUCAUCAUCUUCUGUUGUUUUCCAGAGAUUGCUACGGGAGGUGUGCAUGCAUGAUGAAGGAUUGUUCUCUGAUUUUCUUAAUCGCCUAUUUAACACUCUCAGCUGGACAAUGACUGAAUUCUCAGUUUCAAUUCGGGAGAUGCAAGAAAAAUACAAGGUCCUGGAGUUUCAGCAGAGGAAAUGCAGUGUUAUAUUCGAUGUUUCAUGCAAUCUUGCAAGGAUUUUGGAGUUUUGUACCCGUGAGAUUCCUCAGGCAUUCCUGUCGGGAACUGAUAUGAAUCUUCGUAGGUUAACUGAGUUGAUUGUUUUCAUUCUGAACCACAUAAUCUCUGCGGCAGAUGCUGAUUUUUUUGACUUAUCACUUCGUCGACAAGGUCAAUCUUCUGAGAAAGUAAACCGAGCCUUGAUUUUAGCUCCUGUUGUUGGGAUCAUCUUGAAUUUAUUGGAUGCUGGUGUGGUGACACAAUGUACAGAGCGGAAUGAUGUUGUUGGGGUCUUCGCUAGUAUGGACUGCCCUGAUACAGUUCACUGUGGAUUUCAGUACCUGUUGAAGUACAACUGGGCUGGAUCAUUCAGUGGGGAUGCUUGUCCUGGAAAACUGAGGCAGCUAGAGGAAUUCUCAAGCCUCCUCAUCAGCAGAAAUGAAUCACAAAUAGUGGAGAGGAUUGAAUGUGGGGAAGGAGCCGAGGGUGAGGAUAGCACAUGCUGCAUCUGCUAUGCACGUGAAGCAGAUGCCUGUUUUGUGCCUUGUUCCCAUAUGUCUUGCCAUGGUUGCAUCACGAGGCAUCUUCUAAAUUGUGAGAGAUGUUUCUUUUGCAAUGCAACAAUCUUGGAGGUCGUCAAGCCUCAGACCACCGGGAAUUGAAUUUUGUGCUCGCCAUUUCCGUUUGCAUUUCAUAAGCUCUUUGCCAUGGAAUUGGAAGUGAGUUGGUUGGCCAUGGAUCACUGGAAGGGCGAAAGAAAUGUUUUAGAUUUCCAGACAGAUUUGAAAGAGAAAAAGGGGGGCGGGGGGGGGGGAUAGAUAAUAUUGGAUGGUUUAUUUCUAAAUGCUGCAAUUAUUAUCGUGAUUGUAAUGUUGUGUAUAUGGGGUUGGAAGGUAAAAGAAAUGGAAGGGUGGGUAGAAAAUUAUUGUAGAUUUGAAUACAAAUUUUGUAGUCGAGGGCAUUAUUAUGUAAAUAUGAGAUGUAAAUGGGAAGAAAAAUAUUUUUGCUGUGUAUGUGUGCUCUUUAAGAAUUCCAA